UCCAUGCGUUCUCACUGUAUACUGGACUUCGGUACACUCCUUGCGAAUCCAGACUUAAAAUUUGAAAAUCUCUCCAGAAAUGAUCGUGGAACUGACCGGAGAGCAGCUGAAAAUCGCUGAGACCCAGCUUAUAAGAUUCUUACCUCGGUCGCAACCGGUUUAUGGUUAUUUGGUCCUCACAAACAGAGUCAGAUCAGACCCUGUAAAGGUCUUAGCGGACAGAUGGCCGGACUUCAGUGUCAUUGUCUGCAAACCACAAUGCGAACAGAAGGGUGAUCUCUUCAAAGACACACUGGUUUUUGCAAAUGAUGAACCUAUUCUGAAGGAAACCAUAAGGAAGUCCUCUGUUAUUGAUUGGACCAGAUACUUUUGUCUUGGAAUUAAUCUUCGUCACGAGGAUAUAUUCAAAGCAGUGGCAGCAGAAAAAGGUGUAAGCAGCAGCAAGCUGGCAGUGUGUCACAUGAUGAUACUGGAGGACAUAGGAAACCUUCCCUCUAUAGACAGCUCAGGGAUCUCAGUGAGCUCUCUGGAUGAAUCUCACGUUGGCUUGGUGAAUCAGACGUGGAAGUUUGGAAAGAGCGGGGAGGCUGCCAGGAUGAUCCGGAACAUGCUCGCAAACUUCCCCUCCUGCUGCGUGCUGGAUGCAGAAGGAAAGCCCGUGUCCUGGAUCCUGACUUAUGCGUCGUGUGCCAUGGGGAUGCUGUACACUCUGCCAGAGCACAGAGGGAAAGGCUUUGCUAGAGUCCUGGUCAGCGCCAUGGCCAAGAAACUCCACACUCAGGGCUACCCAGUGUAUUGCUUCAUAGAGGAGGAGAACAUGCUCUCAUACAGGCUCUUUAAAAACCUGGGCUUCAUUGAAGAUCCCUCAUACAGAGAAACCUGGUUUGGAUUCAAUGAUCUUUAAAGAUCUCAAAGAAGAAGUCCCUACAAUGUUAAGUUUUUCUCAGAAUGUUAGCUAAUAAAUGUGCCUUUGUAUCGUAGAAAAGGGGAAAGGUGAACUGAAAAAUCUAGUCAGAAAUUAGGGAGAAAAAGCCAAGGGGGUAAGCCACAGCUGAAACAGAGAAGCUGACCAAAGCCUGCAUGGACGGUUCCAUGAGAGAUGUAAACAUAUUGCUUAGAUUAUAAACUCUCAGUGAAUCUAAAACAACUAUUCGGCCAUCAGUGACGCUGCAUUGGUGUUUUGCAGGUGAGCCUCAUAGGUGGACUGAUUAAACAGUGACGAUCCGAGUCAGACAAACGGAGCUAAGAAACUUUUUGUUUGUGCAGCUGUGCAGCUACCAGAAUUACGGUGUUUCUGUCGUUGUUCUACAUCAUUAAACCACGGUUAUGUUGCGUGAUCAUGCACAGUAGACACUGGUGCCAACAGGAAGUAGCCCUGUAGUAGUAUUUUAUUGGUCCAAAACUGGCUUUACUGCUCUCCAUUCAAAUCAGUGGGGUGGCUUCGUCCAGUAAUAUACUGUCUAUGGAAAAAGCUCAUGCUACUGCAUGGGAGCAUGUUGUACUUCCUGUUCAGGUUCACUUGCUUUAAACUGUUCAUGAACAUGCGCUUGCAGAUUUCUGAGUAGCUGAGGAGAACUGUAAUCUUUCUUGGUCAUUGUCAUAUUUUAAUUUAUCUAUUACAGAAUAUACAAUUUUUGAUUAUCCAUGCAUUGCAAAACAACCUGGACUGUUUAGCUAACACAAAAAAAUACAAUAAUAAUAUCACCUGUUCAUAAUAUGGACAGGUAUUUAGAGGAGAGAUCCAAAUGAAAAUGAGCUGUGUUGAGACAAUGAACUGUUUGGGUCAACCCAUAACGAUAAGUUCCUUGGCAUCCUAGAAUUGCUAUCACAAUUUGACCCAUUCUUAGCUGAACAUAUUAAAAAGUUGAAGUGGAAAAA